AUGAUGAAGCAGUUUUUUUCUCGUUCAAUUCGCCGAUGGGUCUCGUCCAUAGCUCUGUUACUAAUUUCAUUAAUCGUUGGGAUUAUCUAUAUACGACGAACUACACAACCAGCUACGACGUGGAUAUCGGCGCCUAUUCCCAGUAGCACACAGAGUCCUGCUUGUCCAAAAGAUAAGAGAGCGACGAGAAUAUCAUUUCUUAGUUCACGUUCUUUCUGUAUACAUUUACUGUCUGAAGAUAUCGUUUCGAAUUCAAUCGCUACGUCUCAUUCAUGGAUGCCACAUCAAACUAGAUUAAUUGCAUCUAUUCUGGCUGAUACUCCAUCAAAAUCAGCUGCUUUCUUAGACAUUGGUGCUAACAUUGGUUGGUUUACUCUAGUCAUGGCAACACUUGGCCACAAAGUUAUCGCUAUAGAACCCAUGCAGAAUAAUGUUAAGCUACUGCAAGCAUCCGUACACGCAUCGCAAGUGUCACAAAAUGUUAUAGUACAUCCCAAUGGUCUUGGUGUCAAACCGAGCUUGUGUAUACUCUACAGUGAUAAUCGUAAUGUCGGUGAUGGGCAUACGAUAUGUGACAUCACAUCCGAGAAAGAAGCUAGUAGACGUAUACCUGGGGGUUAUUCACUCAGACAAGUUAUUAAUAGUACACGACUUGAUACUCUAGUUAAUCAGAACAUCGAUGUGAUGAAAAUCGAUGUCGAAGGAUCAGAAUUAUAUGCAGUACAAAGUGGCAUUCGUUUGUUCGAUGAAUAUACAGUUCGUCACAUCAUAUCGGAAUUCAGUCCUCGAAUGAUGCGAGAGAAGCAAAGUGAUCCAUACGAAUACUUGAAAUUCUUCGCCUCUCGCGGGUAUAGCAUUCGAAUCGUUACUGAUCAAUUAGCAAGUUUAUAUGAGCAAAAAGCAUGGCAAUCAGUACCGAUUCACAAAUCUGAUGACGAUCUACGAAGAUUAAGUAAUGGUGAACAAAUAGAAUUAUGGUUUACAAAAACGUGA